GGGAAUGCAAGAGGGAGCAGGAGUUAGUACAGCAGGGAAAGAAGAGAGAGUAGGCCUUGAGUGUUGUUUGAAAAUGUUCUAUAUUGGUGCCAAUAUGAUACCAGACCAGUACUAAUGUCAAAACAUAACUUUUUUCGAUAACCUAGUUUGUUAUGUUUAGUCGAUGUUUUAGCCCUUUUUUUCAUUUCACAAAUUAUGCCAAACUGCUCAAUGCAUCAGUGAUAAAUUACAAAAUUUGGCUGAAUAAAAUAUAGGGCUAGGCAAUAUGGCAAACAGUUUUAUCACAAUAAUAUUUUUCUUAUCAGUCAAUAUUGAUAUACUGUGUAUAUCGCAAUAUAAAUCAGUCACUAUUUCUGUUGACCUUAAUGAUUCACCUAAACUUAAAUUCCCCAUUAGUAGAUUCAAAACAUAACAUUAUGUGAGCUGCAAAGAGAACAUCUUUUUAAAUAAAUAAAUAUACAAAAACAAAAAAAAGACGAGCACGAGAGCUGAGAGUCAGUAAUGUUCAUCAAUUAAAAUCCCUAAUUUCUUUCUGUGUGUAUUAGCACCAAGUCUUGUAUGUGUAAUGCAAUUUUAACACUGGAAAUAGCAUUUAGUGAUAUUGCAUUUUGUUGCAGGAAUGUUUCUCUGAGAGCCUCACUGCUUGUUCCAGUGGAUGGGUUGAAUUGCUGGUGUUUAUAAUUGUGCACUUGCAAUCUACAUUCUUUAUUGGGUGAUAAUGUUUGAGGUGAUAAAUUUAGUUUGUGGUAUUCCAGAUCUUUGUUAGCAUAUGUUUACAACAAUACACAUCACCAAUCUGUUUCAUGUCAGAUUUUAAGUAGCCUGAGUCUCAUUCAUUUCGUAACCAAACAGGGCUUUACCUUGUUUAUUCACAAGAGCUCUUUAUGUUUAAGGCUGUUGUAACUGUUAUGCUUUUACUCUUUUUGCCAACACUUAAAAGUUUUGUCUGAAGGAGCACUUGUCUCUUCCGUGUAUGUAUUGACGUUGAUACAAAACAUUAGCACGUGGUGUGUUUAGCUAGCUCAGCCAACACUGCUGUGCCUAUUUUGGGAAAUCCGUUCCUAAAGAACAGCCAUAUGUUUGAUUUAAAAUAGAAAUAGUUAUUGUGAUGUGAUUGGUUUUAAGUACGUUUUCAAAAGUGUAACUUAUCGACAGUAUAUCACAGUUACAAGAAUUUGUCACUGAGGAAAUGUUUAUAUUGGGUCAGUGUUUAAAUUGUUUAUAUUGCCCAUCUCUAAUAAUAAAAUAUAGUCUUAAGUUAGAAGUGUGUGUGUGUGUGUGUGUGUGUGUGUAGAGACUGUCCUGCAUACCUGCAUGCAUUUGGACUGACUGUGUGUGCAAGGGUUGAUAAAUGGCUUUGAGAUUGUGUGUGUCUGUGUGUCAGUGUGUGUGAGCAUGUGCUGUCUUUUUACACUAUGUUGCCAUAGUAAACUCAACAGUGGAUGCAAUCUGCAAUCCACGACGAAGGUUGGUGUGCAGAUGUCACAGUGUUAAUGAAAACAUGCGUUCCUCACUUAGAGACCAUUGUCAUUAACUGCAAACUGUUUUAUUCACCGCGGGAGUGUUCCUUCCUUUAUUCUGGUCAGUGUAACUUCCACGAAGCACAAACAUCCAGACUCCCUGCUCAUUGUUCUUGGGGACUUUAGCAGAGCAAAAAUCAGCCAUGAACUGAAACCAAAAUACAGACAGCACAUUAAGUGCCCCACCAGUGAUAAAAACACACUGGACCACUGCUACACCAUAUCAAAGGACACCUAUCGCUCUGUCCCCCAUGCAGCUUUGGGACUCUGUCAUUACUGUCUGGUUAAUCUUCUACCAACUUACAGGCAGAAACUAAAAUCUGCUAUGCCUGUGGUCAAGACUGAAGAUAUGGACCAACAAGGCAAAGCUGGAAUUACAGGCCUGCGUUGACUGUGCUGAACUCGCAGACACUGUGAUAUAUCAGCUUUUGUGAGGACAUUGGUGUGCCGACUAAAACUUUCUACACAUACAACAAUAAACUCUAGUUUACAGAUAAACUCAGGCAGCUUCGUCAGGCCAAUGAGCAAGCCUACAGCAGUGAGGACAGAAUACUGUGCAACCAGGCCAGAAACACACUAAGGAGGACAAAGGAAAUCAGAGUAGCAAAGAGAAGCUACACUGAAAAGCUGAAAAACUAGUUUUCAGCCAACGACACUGCGUCAGUGUGGAGAGGCCUGCAGGACAUCACCAGCUAAAGGAACACACCCCCCACACUGUGGAGAACCAUCAACUGGCCGACGACCUGAGUACGUUUUACUGGCUGGGGUUGGUCCUCCUGAAGCCUGACUCUGGACUUGAUGAAUCAGACUGUCUUCGCGCCAUUUUACGCACAUUCCUAUUGGAGUAGAGGGACAGGUGGCUUGUGUUCCUAUGAAAUGCUGACGUUACAGUAACCGAGAGGAGGAGGGAUAAGGAACUGGAGGAGAGGGGUGAAACUAACCAGGAGUACUCAGGAGAGAAGAACGAAAUGUUGAAUUUUAUGAGCUGAAGGAGGGACACUCAGCUUUACCUGGAGAUAUUUGCAGCCUGAUAAAUAUGAGGGAGUGGAGCUUUUGCUUUGCACAGUGGCGGAAGAUCAGUAAUGCAGCAUUCAGACUGCUGAAGAGCUUGACAAAAGCCUACUGGACUUGACAACAUCAAAAAGAGAAGCCAGUUGGUAGGACAGGAGGAGGAGCAGGAGGGAAAAAAGGAUACGUGUGAGGCGAGACAAAUGAUAGAAGAUAAAAUAUAAGAGAUGAAAAGGAAGACAUUUAGAUGAAAGGAGUGCUAGAGGCAGGAAGUGAGAGUCAAAUGGGGAGGCAAGCUUGAGAGUGAAAGGAGGCAGAGAUGAAAUAACAUAAUCUGUUAUCAGAAAAAGAAGAGAAAGGUAAGACAGGGGAAGAUACAGCUCCAGGAGAGUAGAAGUCUAGAAGGAUCCAGAGGAUACGUGCUAUCAGUGUUCAGAGAUCUGCCAAAAUAAGCAGUAGUCAUGUUCAUGAACUUCCGUCGUAUCCACAAGUGCCAGUGCAUGCAGCUGCUGACCACAGGCCUGGUGCUGUGUGUGGUGAUGGUCUGCUGGGAGGAGCUGGACCACCAUGUGGUCAGCCACAUGAAAUCCUACACGUACCGCUACCUGGUCAACAGCUACGACUUUCUCAAUUCUUCCUUCGCCAUGACCACCAACCAUCACCACAGAAAGGAUGGUUCUAACGGUGCAGAUGGUGGGUUAGUGAACUAUUCAUACCUCAUCAACCACCCGGGUAAAUGUGGAGGUGGUGGUGGAGAUGGGAAAAGCAGGGAUGAUGUCCUCCUGCUUCUGUUUGUGAAAUCAUCGGCAGAGAACUUUGAACGGCGCCAGGCCAUCAGGGACACAUGGGGGAACGAGAGCUUUCUUUGGUCAGAACUGGGGGCAAGCGUGAGGAUGGUGUUCGCUCUCGGCGUGCACCCGGAUGUCGGGUGGAGAUCCAGGGUGCAGAGCGAGCUGCUGCAAGAGGACGAGGCCUACGGAGACCUGAUCCAGCAGAACUUUUUGGACACCUUCCACAACCUGACUACCAAACUGAUUCUGCAGUUCCACUGGGGCCAUGAAUACUGCCCUCAGGCACGCUUCCUCAUGUCUGCAGAUGAUGACAUCUUCAUCCACAUGCCCAAUUUGGUGAAGUACCUGCGGCAGCUCCUCAGCAAACAAUCAGGGGCCAAAGACCUGUGGGUGGGGCAUGUACACAGAGGAGCCCCUCCGAUUCGCCGUAAAGAAAGCAAAUAUCACGUUUCAUAUGAUCUGUACUCCUGGCCUUCCUACCCAGAUUACACUGCUGGAGCGGGAUACGUGGUUUCAGGUGAUGUGGCCGCUAAGAUCUACCAUGCGACUCUGGUGCUGAACUCCUCCAUGUACAUUGACGAUGUCUUCAUGGGGAUUUGUGCCAAGGCCAUGGGGGUGUCUCCGCAGGAGCAUGUGUACUUUUCAGGGGAGGGCAAGACUCCGUACCACCCCUGCAUCUAUGACCACAUGAUCACAUCGCACGGUCAUGCCACGGAUGUGCGCUCACUAUGGCAGGCAGCAACAAACCCUACUGUGUACAGCAACUCCAGAGGAUUUAUGGGUAAUCUGUACUGCACAGCAGUGAGAGUGAUGUUGCUGUGUCUGCCAUAUUACCAGAACACGUACUCCUGUAUGGCUGCUUUUACAUAAAUGGUCUUCAGAUGACGCAAGAAUUGCUGAAUGCUAAAUGUACCACACAAACAAAUGAUGGUACCUCACACAAACAGCCAUUUUUUUCUCUUUCAUGUUUUGUGGCAGUUUGCUGGCUAUACUAUGUAUUUGCUAUCUUGUAAUAAAGAUCAAACUGUUCUGUUAAGCAAACAAAUGCACUAAUUUCUUCAGUCAUCAGGAAGAUCAGUUUUCACUUUGUUUAAGCUAAAGUUGUUUUGAUGUUAAGGCUCUGGGACUACUCGUUUAACGUUUCCAUUUUGCCAACGAUUACAACAUAAGUUGUGCUCCUCAGCCAAAGUGCCAACUUAUCAUUAACGUUAGCCCCUGAUGAUUCCAUUUUCUUUAUGCUAAGAUAAUAUUAGCAAGGCUGAUACUGUCUUAACCACGACGUAAUUAAACAAUUUGCUUUUGGAUUUGUUUUGGAACAUGAGACUAAUUCAUGGGACAACGGUGUAGACAUUUAACCUAGCUAAAAUGGACAUACGUUACCUACAAUGUAGUUAAAUGGAACACUUGUUACAGUAGCCUAAUUAUGUUGCUUGAGAAGGGGGAAGGCAUUCUGCAUUUGGAGAAAUGUCAUAAUUCUAGGGUGUUUUUCACCUUUUUUACCCUUGAUGACUUUGCAUCCCUGGAAUGUAAUACCUAGAAUACUAAAAAAAAAACAAAAAAAAAGGGGUGCUUGUAAAGGAAUUAUUUUGAUUGGUAAUCACAUAAAUCACAAAAAGAUACACACAUAAAUCACAAAAAGAUGUGUGAGGAAUACAUGUUUUUAGCUUGAAAUAUUCUGCAUCAUUUAUUGUUGACAUUUUAUUUUGGGUGCUCAGAAACUCUUUCUUCUUCUUUUUUUGUCUAUUCUUUGACCCUUGAACUUUGUAUUUGCUUUUAGUUCUGCUCUGACUGACUCACUCCUAUCAGGCUGACACAGUGCAUCAGACAUUUCUUAUUGAGUCACUAGUCAGCCAGUAGGAAGAAAGCUACCUCCAGCCAGACUCUGAGCUAAAUGAUGCCAGAUGAAUGAAUUUCCCUACCAAGGUACAGACUGAACAGAAAGUAGAAAAGGUAAUUAACCAAAUUUACUUUUGUGCUGCUGUAGUGUACCUCUUUGUAUUGUCACUGUAAGGAGUCUUGGGACUACAUUUCUGCACUAAGGUUUAGAGCAGUUCCCCACGAAAUGAUGUUUUUAUAUAUGAAACAUUCCUCUAGUCUCCUCUAGUCUAGUUUUUUCAUUUAUGAAUUAUUCGAUAUUUUUACUGCUUUGGGCCUCUAAAAAUAAUUCCAAUAAAACAGGAAAACAGACAUACAGAAGCAGUAGAUAGAAGUAGAUAUUGCUUUGUUUUAAGGGUUCACAGGCCACUGCUUUGGAGUAAAUUAUAAUUCAAGCUGUUGACCUAAAGCUUAAUUUGUGAUACAAACAUGUAAACUAUACAGAGUAUGGCUAUAGCAGUAGACACCUAACUGCAUGCAAUAACUGAUUGUUUUGGCUACUUGGGGACAGCAGAAAUAAGUUGUUAACACAACACUGACAUAUCCUAACCCUUUAACUUUGUUAAUUGUUGUUGUUGAUUCUAUAGUUGUUUUCAUUUGGUUUGAUCUACUAAACCUAGAUAGCUUUUCAUACAGUAUAUGAACACAUUAACAAGUUUUCAUACUUAAACAACAAAAUAGGCUGUUUCCCAACCCAUAUGACCAAUCCAAAAAGUGAUCAGUCAGCAGUUCAUCUGAUUUGCAAUAUUAUUAAUAUUAAAUAAUCUGCUGCCGGGCUGUUUUGACGUGUGUUGCGUCAUUUUUCUGUUAGAACCCAGACAAGGGACAGUUCAGCUUCUAUGCAUGCUAGUAACCCUGAAAUUAUCUAAAAGCUGUAGCUCUAACUGUAGCCUCAUAUUAUAGAUCCCUCUGACCUCUAAUUUUAGUUUACAGUUAAAUGCAAUUAUACAAACCCGAUUCCAAAAAAGUUGGGACACUGUACAAAUUGUGAAUAAAAACAGAAUGCAAUGAUGUGGAAGUUUCAAUAUUUUAUUCAGAAUACAACAUAGAUGACAUAUCAAAUGUUUAAACGGAGAAGGGAAAAUAAGACGGUGUAGUCCCUCAUUCGUCCAGGAGUGUUCUAUCGUAGAAAAGGUUUCAGUUGUAGUCAUCUUUCAUUUAAGGUAAAAAUAAGUUGAUUUUAAAUUUCAUGGCAUCAACACAUCUCAAAAAAGUUGGGACAAGGCCAUGUUUACCUUUCUUGUCUAAUACAGGCUUCUAGUUCCUCAACUGUCUUAGGUCUUCUUUGUCGCAUCUUCCUCUUUAGGAUGCGCCAAAUGUUUUCUAUGGGUGAAAGAUCUGGCUGGCCAUUUAAGUACCCGGAUCCUUCUUCUACGCAGCCAUGAUGUUGUAAUUGAUGCAGUAUGUGGUCUGGCAUUGUCAUGUUGGAAAAUUCAAGGUCUUCCCUGAAAGAGAUGACGUCUGGAUGGGAGCAUAUGUUGUUCUAGAAUUUGGAUAUACCUUUCAGCAUUGAUGGUGCCUUUCCAGAUGUGUAAGCUGCCCAUGCCACACGCACUCAAAUUUUGAUUCGUCUGACCACAGAACAGUUUUCCACUUUGCCACAGUCCAUUUUAAAUGAGCCUUGGCCCAGAGAAAACGCCUGCGCUUCUGGAUCAUGUUUAGAUAUGGCUUCUUCUUUGACCUAUAGAGUUUUAGCCGGCAACGGCGAAUGCCACGGUGGAUUGUGUUCACCGACAAUGUUUUCUGGAAGUAUUUCUGAGCCCAUCUUGUGAUUUCCAUUACAGUAGCAUUCUUGUAUGUGAUGCAGUACCAUCUAAGGGCCCGAAGAUCACGGGCAUCCAGUAUGGUUUUCCGGCCUUGACCCUUACGCACACACACGAGAUUGUUCCAGAUUCUCUGAAUCUUUGGAUGAUAUUAUGCACUGUAGAUGAUGAUAACUUCAAACUCUUUGCAAUUUUUCUCUGAGAAACUCCUUUCUGAUAUUGCUCAACAAUUUUUCGCCGCAGCAUUGGGGGAAUUGGUGAUCCUCUGCCCAUCUUGACUUCUGAGAGACACUGCCACUCUGAGAGGCUCUUUUUAUACCCAAUCAUGUUGCCAAUUGACCUAAUAAGUUGCAAAUUGGUCCUCCAGCUGUUCCUUAUAUAUACAUUUAACUUUUUCAGCCUCUUAUUGCUACCUGUCCCAACUUUUUUGGAAUGUGUAGCUCUCAUGAAAUCCAAAAUGAGCCAAUAUUUGGCAUGACAUUGCAAAAUGUCUCACUUUCAACAUUUGAUAUGUUAUCUAUAUUCUAUUGUGAAUAAAAUAUAAGUUUAUGAGAUUUGUAAAUUAUUGCAUUCCUUUUUUAUUCA